AUGAUUGAGAGGGUUGAGAUGAAGAAUUAUAAGCAGUGUGUAGUGAAAAGUGAAGGUCCAGAUUCUGCUUCAAUGCCUCCAGUACCCAUUUCUCCCAUCAAAGUUGGGCACAUUGAUGAUGUCCAAGAGCUGAGAAAAACUAAGCCAAAAACAAUUCCUCAAAGAUUUGUACGAGACAUGACAGAAAGGCCAACACUUACUGCUACACUUCUUCCCCCACCACAUACUCACAUGCCUGUCAUUGAUUUCUCUAAGCUUUCCAAAGGAAACAACGAGGAAGUCCUUGGUGAAAUAUUCAGUCUUGCAACUGCUUGUGAAGAGUGGGGAUUUUUUCAGGUAAUCAAUCAUGAGAUUGACCACAAUCUGCUAGAGAGCAUAGAGAACCUGAGCAGGGAGUUUUUCAUGCUACCUUUGGAAGAGAAACAGAAAUACCCUAUGGCUCCAGGUACUGUCCAAGGGUAUGGACAAGCUUUUGUUUUCUCAGAGGACCAGAAGUUGGACUGGUGCAACAUGUUUGCUCUUGGACUUGAACCUCAAUAUCUUAGGAACCCAAAUCUAUGGCCAAAGAGACCAGAAAGAUUCAGUGAAACGGUGGAAGUGUACUCAGGAGAAAUAAGAAAACUGUGCCACAGUCUGCUAACAUACAUAGCUUUAGGCCUGGAUUUGAAAGGGGAUGUGUUUGAGAAGAUGUUUGGUGUAUCAGUGCAAGCCAUAAGGAUGAACUACUACCCCCCAUGUUCCAGACCGGACCUUGUUUUGGGUCUGAGUCCCCAUUCAGAUGGAAGUGCUCUCACUGUGCUGCAGCAAGCAAAAGGAGGCCCAGUGGGACUUCAGAUACUCAAGGACAAUACAUGGGUUCCUAUUCAACCAAUUCCAAAUGCACUUGUCAUCAACAUUGGAGACACAAUAGAAGUUCUCACAAAUGGAAAAUACAGGAGUGUGGAGCAUAGAGCAGUUGCUCACGAGGAGAAAGAUAGACUCUCAAUUGUGACAUUUUUUGCUCCUAGCUAUGAGGUAGAGCUUGGUCCAAUGCCAGAAUUUGUGGAUGAAAACCACCCAUGCAAGUAUAGAAGAUACAAUCAUGGGGAAUACAGUAAACACUAUGUAACAAACAAGUUACAAGGCAAAAAGACCCUGGAUUUUGCCAAGAUCCAAACCAAAAUCGCAAACUAG